AUGCCUGUUAGGUUGUGGGUCCAUCAGGACAUGACGGUAUCCUUCAAGUGGAUUUCAAAUAAGCCACUGGAGUAUAUUCAGGGCAUCUUGACGAAUCUGCAUGAUAAGAUAGAAGACUUCGACUUUGGCAUUUCCCUGUUCUGGGAUCGGUCGGAAGAGAUAUGCUAUGUGCCAGUGAGCGAGCUGGAUGGGCAGGAGUUUGAAGCCAAGGUACAGGCAGCCUCGGUGAUCAUGGCCGCGCAUCCGGCGUCCUCUCACAGCUCCAACGACAAUGCGGAAGACUCGCUGUCUGCACUGCCUAUGGUUGCGAAGCACCAGUUCGGGUCCUCGCCGACAGAAGCGGUGAAUAUCUUCGUAAUCAUUACGGACGACUGGGGCAAGUAUCACGGCAUGCCCGGUUGUGGACCCGCUGAGAAGAAGUGCAACUCGUUUUUCGAUGCACUUAGCUCGGGAAGGCUGAACGACACGGUCGAGGACAAAGUCACCUGCACGUAUGACGAUGUCUGGUACCCGACUAUUGAGCAGCUGUCUCACUCUGUGGAAACGUAUAACGUGGUCCCAAUCACUCUCGUUCUGGAGGACUUCGUGGACUGGUGGACAGAUUUGUGGUCCAACCAGCUAAAGCUCAAGGCAGACCAAGGCCAGUACGGGGUCUUCCCAAUCUCCAUGGACGCCGGCGGCGUGGCCAAGACCAUUCUCGAGAGUGUCAACACCGUCAACUGCAUCAUCAAGACCACGACCACCAAGACACCCACCUCCGGAACCACCACCACCGGAACCAGCGGCACCACCGGAACCAGCGCCACCUCCGGAACCAGCGUCACCACCGGAACCAGUGCCACUACCACUUCCAUUGUACCCAUCAUAACCACCACCGCUGUACCGGGACCAGCGCCGGACCACAACAAGGCAAUCGCCGUCGGCAGCGCGGCAGCCGGGGCGGCCGCCUUACUCGCCGGCGCGGCUUGGUACAAACUGCGAGACAGUGCCCCACCGGAACUCGACGUCAUCGAGGAGGAAGGUGGUGCGGAUGCGGCCCAGGCCGGAAACCGUGAGUCCAUUGUUGCCAUGGAAGAAGAUGCAUACGAAUAG